AUGGCCAACCUAUUCCUUCUGACUCUGACUUUGCACAUUACCAUUACUUAUCAGCAUAGCCAUAUGAUCCUUUAUAUCCCAACAGUAAUUCUCCAUUCAAGUUUGUGUGAAACAUCAGGAUCUUUAUCACCUGUAACAAAAAUGUCCAUUGUAGCAGAAAUACCUGGCUACCUGCAAGUCUUUUCUGAUGGGUCAGUAAAGCGGUUUGCCCCAGAAAUAGUGCCUGCCUCGGCAGGAUCAUAUUCCAAUGGAUUCAAGUUCAAGGAUGUGGUCAUUGACUCAUCUAAGCCAAUAACUGCAAGGUUAUUCAUUCCUGAUAUUCAGGGUUCUGCGAGUCGGCUUCCGGUUGUGGUUUAUUUUCAUGGUGGUUGCUUUUGCUUUUGCUCGACCACAUGGCUUGGAUUCCAUCACUUCCUUGGAGACCUUUCUGUGGCCUCUUCGUCCAUUGUCCUUUCUGUUGACUACCGUUUGGCACCAGAGAAUCGCCUUCCGACAGCUUAUGAUGACUGUUUCAGCUCACUUGAAUGGCUAAGUAACAACGUUAGCUCUGAACCUUGGCUUAAGCAGGCUGAUCUUUCUCGAGUGUUUCUCUCCGGAGACAGUGCUGGAGGGAACAUUACACACCAGGUUGCUAUCGCAGCAAUGAGGAGUAAAACUUGUCAGGUUAAAAUCAAAGGAUUGAUGUUGAUUCAUCCUUGUUUCGGGAGUGAGAAAAGGACCGAGAAAGAGAUGGCUGAAGGGGCAGCAAGAGACGUUGCGAUGAAUGAUAUGUUUUGGGGUCUAAGUAUAUCAGAAGGAUCAAACCGUGAUUACUUUGGCUGUAAUUUUGAGAUGCAAGACGUUUCUGUAGCUGCCUGGAGUGAGUUUCCGGCGGUGGUGGUUUAUGUGGCUGGCUUGGAUUUCUUGAAGGAAAGAGGAGUGAUUUAUGCACAGUUUUUGGCGAAGGAAGGGGUGAAAGAAGUGGCACUGGUUGAAGCUGAGGGACAACAACAUGUCUUUCAUGUGAGGUAUCCUGAAUCUGAGGCAACCCGUUCACUCCAACGACAGAUGAGUGAGUUCAUGAAGAGCCAUUAG